AUGAAUUAUAUACAUUUAAAAAAUUUACAAAGUAACUGUUGGAGAAAUAAAAGAUGUAAUUAUUUCAUAUGUUUACAUAAUUUGUAUAAAAUUGAAACCAUCUUUAAUGUCAAAAAAAAUAAGUUUUCUAUUUUAAAAAAUUCAAAAAAUUUAGAUGAGUAUAUCAAUUAUAAUAAUAAGAAAUACAUUUUUGCUAAGUAUCGCUUUUUUUCAAAUAGUAAAAAAGAAAAUGUAGUAAACAAAAAUUUAGAAAAUGAAAAUUCUCCUGUUAAUUAUAAUAACACAGUUACUGAAGAAAACAAGUGUAAAUUAAUAGAAGAAAAAGAUAUUGAUGAAAAUAAUAUAAAUGAUAUUACAAAAAAGAAGAAAAAAUUCUCAAAAUUAAAAAUAUUUGCAUAUUCUUUUAACAUAAUUUUUUUUUCAUAUGUAAUUUAUAAAGUUUACAAAAAUGAUAUGAAUUUAUCUAAAGCAGAGGAAAGUAUAAUUAGAGAUUUCGUUAAAUUAUUUUAUUCGUAUGAAGAAAAAAAUAGUGUUAAAAAUUCACAAUUUUUAACAUGUUUAAACGAAGAUUUAAGUAGGCAAAUUGCCAUGUAUUUUAUUCAAUUAGAUACAGACAAAAGUUCAGGCUUUUUAAUAAAUGAUGCUGUUAAUUUUUUGUCUGAAUUAAAUAUAAAUGAAGAUAAUGAAAUUAUAAAAAAAUUUAUUAAAAAAGGAAAUGGGAAAAGUAUAGAAUUGAAAAAGUUAUCUGGAUGCUCAUUGCAAGAAUUUGCUGAAUUAAUAGAAAGUUUAAUUUUAGUAAACAAAACGAAAAAUGAAACAUAUCUAUCAAAGAGAUUAUCAUCUCUUGAAAAUGAAAAAACAUAUUAUAUUGAUGUAUUACAGUAUUAUUUAGAUUCAAUUGUGAAUUUUGUUAAAACAAGUAAAAUAUUUUUAUAUUAUCAAAGUAAGAAAAAAAAAACUAAUGAAGAUAUAAAACAAAUAGAUAAUUUAGAAAAACUAAUUUUAGAUAAACUUAUUCAAUAUAAUGAGAAAUACGUAGAUAAAAAAAAUUUAUCUUUGGAUUAUUUAUUAAGUAAAGAAGAAUUGAACUAUCUUAAAAAUAAUAAUUUAUCAAAAAAAAAGGAAGAAAAGGAAAUAUUGUUAGUAGAAAAAAAAAUACUUGAAGAUAAAAUUCAAAUAUUGAAUAAUUUACAAUUAAAAAAAAAUUUAACUGAAGCAGAAAUUAAAAGACUAGAAGAUUUAAAAGUAAAAUUAAAAAAUCUUAAAAAAACAAUAAGAAAAGAAGAACUUAAGAAAUAUUUCUUCUUAUAA